UGCUGGGGCUUCCUCGUUCCCUCCCCACAUUCGGGGCGCCUCCCUCCCCAGCAGAGGGACCCGAACCGGCUCUGUGCUGGCUGAUGCCGACAUGGGGCCCCUGCUGCUGCUGCCCCUGCUCUGGGGGGGGUCCCUGCAGGAGCUUCCAGGGUUCGAGCUCCGAGUGCAGGAAUCCGUGACGGUGCAGGCGUGCAUGGACGUCCGCGUGUCCUGCUCCUUCUCCUACCCCGCGAAUUGGGGGUAUUGGCCUGUUGUGACCUCCAUCUACUGGUUCCGGGAAGGGGACACCCCACACGAUGAUGCUGUGGCCACAAACGACCGAAAGAAACGAGUGAAACCAGAGACCCGGGGCCGAUUCCGCCUCGUCGGGGACCCCAGGGACAAGGACUGCUCCCUGAGCAUCGAAGAGGCCAGGAUAAGCGACUCAGGAGUCUACUACUUGCGAGUGGAGAGAGGACCUAAUGAGAAAUAUAGUUACCAUGAUAAGAAGCUGAAUUUGCAGGUGACAGGUAUGAGAGGGGAAACCGACAUCCAGUUUGUGGAGCCUCUGGAGUCCGGCCUCCCCACACAGCUGACCUGCAGCCUGUCACUGGUCUGUGCUGGGCGAAAGCCUCUCCUGUUCUCCUGGGCGGGGGAUGCCCUUGACGAGAUGGACCCAGAGACCCUCCACUCCUCGGAGCUCACCCUCACCCCGAGGCCCCAGGACCACGACAGCAAACUCACCUGUCGGGUGACACUCCAGGGAGCGCAGGUGACCCUGGAGAGAACCGUCCAGCUCAACGUCUCCUAUGCUCCGAGGAACAUCCACAUCAGCCUCUCCUUCAGAAACGUCACAGCCCUCAAGAUUCUGCAGGACACCUCGUCCCUUCUUGUCUCAGAGAGCCCAGCACUGCAGCUGCUGUGUGUUGCUGACAGCAACCCCCCUGCACAGCUGGGCUGGUUCCAGGGGUCCCCAGCCCUGGAGACCGCCCCCAUAACCAGCACCGGGAUCCUGGUGAUGCCCCAAGUAGGAGCUGGAAUUGAAGGAGAAUUCACCUGCCAAGCGCAGAAUCCUCUGGGCUCCCAGCAAGUUUCCUUCAGCCUCUCUGUGCAGAAAGGCCCCCCUUCCUGCAGCUGUGAGACUGAGGAGCCGCAGGGCUCCUGGCCCCUGGUCGUCACCCUGAUCAGAGGGGCCCUCAUGGGGGCUGGCUUCCUCCUCACCUAUGGCCUCACCUGGACCUACUACACCAGGUGUGGCGGCCACUAGGGAGCUGGGCUGAGGGGUGUGGCUGAGCCUCUCUCCCUGUCAUGACGAGAUUCACCUGAGGAAGCAGAGCCCAGAGGAGAGACGUGGGGACAUCACUGUGUGCUUUUUCCUGGAAACUCUUACCUCCAGCCCUGUGUCGUUUGCAUCCAUGAGUCUUUAUUUGUAGAGAUGACUUGUGACAGCAGGAAGAGUCAAUACCAUUGAAAGGAAACUUUCUGACUUACCUCGCUUAGUAUGAGGUUACUCAUGGUUUUGCAAGUAUCAAUAAUUCAUUGUUGGUUUUGCUUGGAUUUUGUCUUGAAAAUGGUAUUUUACAUAUGACUAUUCCUCCAGUUAUGUAUGGACUCUAAAAUACGAUGACAUUGCAUUUGUUUGCAAAUUUUGGCUCAUUCAAAGUAAUGUUGAUGUGAAUGGUAUGAUGAAAAGAGGAGGGCUAGCACUUUUCUCCUGGUGGGUGUGGAACUGCUUCAUCAUAAAGUUGGCAUAUAUUUAGUUCUAGAAGGUAGCCUGAGAGAAUUCUUUUGAGUCGUUAGAUGAGUCUGUAUCCCAUGGUCAUACAUGAGGGCUCUGAGCUUUCUACACCCUCAGCAGCACUUGUAUUACCCACAUGCUCAGCUUUCAGGGCUGCGCUCCUCUGUGGCAGUAUCUCCUUGCCUUUUUAGUUUAUUUCCCUCAUGUGCAAUGAUGUUGAGCCAUUUGAAUAUCUUCUUGAGUGAAAUUCCUGUUUGGAUCUUUGCCCAUUUAAAAAUAAAAAUUGGGCAGUCUUUU